ACUUUUUCUUUCCAACAUACCCUGGUGAAGAAGACUCGGAUGGAUUCGGCAUUCAAUUCUCUUUUGAAUGUGUUGGAUUGUCUUGAAUGUGCUUGUAACGCCGUCUUAAUCUCUAAUGCACAUGUUCGGUACUUGUCUAAUGUCAUACUCGUUUGACCACAUGAAUGUUUUCAUUGCAGUGAAACAAAAUAGAAACACUUAACUAACGCUUCAACGGCCUUACUGUCACUGGGAAACUCAGGCGUUGAUGCACAGUGACUGGGACAUUGUUGUUCUGCUGUGGUUGCAGGGUUUCUUGGGGACAUUUUCAGGGGUCUGUAUGACACUUUGCAAAAAAAAGAGAGCACAAGAAUAGACAGUGGGGAAGUGGAUAGUUUGUGAGGAGUUUAUUGACUGAUACUUGGCUGCACAUUGUCACCUUUGGAGUACUUUCUGUGGUUGUAGCGUGUGUAGAGUAUUUGGAUUCCUGGGCAUGACUUAUUUGCAUUUCUUGAAUUCCUCUCCCUUUAGUCUAUCAACCAGCUCAACCUGAUCCAACCUCUUUCUGUUGUUAAUGCUGGGUCGACCAGGGCAAGUUUUUCUCUGUGCCAACAGUCAGACAUUUUUGUCCUUGUUGCUAUGUUGCACUGAAGAUUUACAAACUAAUCAGCUGAUCAUGCAUAUUCCAGUUUGUCAGGUUCAAAUGCUCCUUUUUAGAUGCCUGCUGACAGAGUGCACUGCUCUCAUUUUUUUUUAAAUAACUGCUAUUAUUGAAAACUUUAUGCCCGGAAAUGCCUGGGCCUCCAGGGGCUGCUGUUUUAAAGCAGUCACUGAGAGACCUACUUCACAUAUCAGGAUGGUCGACCACCUGCCGGGAGGUUAGGGUUAGGGCCACGCUCUGCCAAUGAAAGGCGUCUGAUCCAACCUUCUCAACAGGGUCCUAAGACGCUGACUAGACUCUUCUCCUCUGUCGCCCCCCGGUGGAGGAAUGAACUUCCAAACUCCACUGGAUCUGCAGAGUCCCUCUGCACCUUUAAGAAUUCACAGACAAUGACCUAGAAACAGAAGUGUGCGGCGCGCGUCUCACUGAGGUUUGGUUUCAGGGAGGAAGUGCUGAGCCACUUAUGUCGAAGUCGACCAGCUGCCAGCCUCCAGCGAAAGACGAUGAAGCCCACUGUGUUAUUUCUCAACUUCUGUGUGUUUCUUGUAACUGUUUCAUGUGAUAUGGAAGAUGAAGUCUUCCAUCUACAAACGACUCCCGACAGAUCUCAGUUCUUUCAGUAUGAGGACGUCUCUCUGAGCUGCAAGGGCUCGCCCGGCGCCGCUCUGCUGAAGAGGAACACCACCAGAGGAGGAGUCGAGUCCUGCCCGAGUGGUUGGGGAACUCUGGAGAACACGACCUGCAGCAUCCGUACCAUGUACCCCUUCGAUAGCGGACUCUACUGGUGUGAGUCUGAGUCAGGAGAGAGGAGCCAAACUUUACACAUCAUAGUCUCAGCUGGUGAUGUGAUCCUGGAGAGUCCGGUCCAUCCCGUGGGGGAGGGGGACAAUGUAACUCUGCGCUGUCGAGAGAAGACGCCUUCCUCUGGACGAAAAGAAUUCAGUAAAGACGGCCUCCUCAUUUGGAGCAACAUCACAGAAACUCUGACCAUCCACGGUGUGUCCAAGUCUGAUGAAGGACUCUACAUGUGCAGCAUCCCCGAAGUCAGCCAAUCACCAGGCAGCUGGCUUUCCGUCACAGUGUCAGAGCCCGCAGCAGCUCCUGUGUUUCCCGCCCUCAGAGUUAUUAGUCACGUAGUGGCGGGGUUUCCUUACCUGCUGUCCACGGUCAUCCUGGCACUCGUAUACAGAGACAAGAGAAGAGCUGCUCAGGAUGUUUCAGAGGACCGGAGCCAUCGCGUCGUCAUGGAGGUGGAAUAGACGACGAAACGGAUCUUAAACAUUAUACCUUUAUGUUUGUCUGUAAGAUUACAUUUCUUAGUUUUGUUUGUCAUUUUGUACACAAACACAAAUAAAGUGUUUUAUAUUUGUUUAACAUGAGGAAUACAAAGUUUAUUUUUAUUACAGUAAAUGGACUUCUGACUAUAUUUCCCAGCAGUACAUGAAUGCACCAUUACCCCCCCUGUAGAGCUGUCCGUGGUGCUGAAACCCGGAAACCCCCUGAACGCCUCUCCUUCUCUUUUCUCUCCUUCAGAUUAAAAGUUGAUCGUCUCGUGCCGUCACAUUUUAUCACGUGAGCAAAUCAUUAAUUCUGAUUUUAUUAUUCACCGAAAAUUGGCACGAGAGC